AUGGUUCCUCUGGAGCACGUGGAGGGGGUGAUGGGCAGGAAAGUGUCCCUGCCGUGCGACAUAGAGCCCCCGUCCAAGGACGACAACGUCAUGAUGGUGCUGUGGUUCGAGGCGGUCGACGGCGAGCCUCUCUACAGCUUUGACGUGCGCGGCGGCAACUUCGACAACGCCAGGCUGUGGUCCUCGAACGUGUUCGGCGACCGGGCCAAGUUCCGCGCCAAGGCGGGCUCCAGCCCCGCCCACCUGGUGCUGGACAGCGUGAUGGCCGACGACGAGGGCGUCUACCGGUGCCGCGUCGACUUCAAGAACUCGCCCACCAGGAACAUGAAGGUCAACCUCACCGUCAUCGUGAAGCCACUGGAGGUGCGCAUCAUGAACAAGGAGCGCACCUUGUCGGCGGAGCGGCGCUACGAGGUGGAGUGCCGGUCUGCGGGUUCGCGCCCCGAGCCAGUCAUCACCUGGUGGAAGGGCUCGCGCCAGAUGAAGAAACUCGCCAAAAACUUCUCCGCGGACGGCAACCACUCCGUGAGCGUGCUGGGCUUCGUGCCGGGCAUUGACGACGACGGCCGCUACCUGACGUGCCGCGCCGAGAACCCGUCCAUCCCGGACUCGGCACUGGAGGACCGCUGGCGGCUGGACGUGCAGUAUUCGCCCGUGGUGACGCUCCGCAUGGGCGCCAGCCUCAACCCCAACGACAUCAAGGAGGGCGACGACGUGUACUUCGAGUGCAACAUCCGCGCCAACCCCAAGGCGUACCGCCUGGCCUGGUUCCACGCGGGCCGCGAGCUGCAGCACAACGUGUCGGCCGGCAUCAUCCUGAGCGACCAGAGCCUGGUGCUGCAGGGUGUGACGCGCGUCUCGGCCGGCGACUACGCCUGCAUGGCCGCCAACGGCGAGGGCAAGGGCACCAGUAACCUCGUUGCGCUCAACGUCAUGUACGCGCCGACGUGCCGCAGCACGCGCGAGGAGCUCCACGGCGCGGGCCGCCACGACACUGUAACGCUGCGCUGCGAGGUGGACGCGCACCCGGCCACCGUGUCCUUCCACUGGACCUUCAACAACUCGGGCGAGUCGAGCGACGUGCCGGCCGCCAGGUUCUCGUCGCGCGGCGCCACCUCUACGCUCAACUACACGCCCGCCAACGACAUGGACUUCGGCACGCUGGCCUGCUGGGGCUCCAACGCCGUGGGCCGCCAGCGCGCGCCCUGCGUCUUCCAGGUCGUCGCCGCAGGACGGCCCUUCCCGCCCUCCAACUGCUCCCUGACGAACCACACUUCGGAGUGGGUCCGCGUCGAAUGCCUGGAGAACUUCGACGGCGGCCUGCCCCAGGGCUUCCAGCUCGAGCUGCUGGAACUUCCCUACCUGGUGCCCAAGUACAACGUGAACGUGACGCGGGGUCCGCCCGUCAUCGAGUGGCAGGGCAACCUGGAGCAGAGCUCGGCUUACCAGGUCCGCGUCUACGCCAUCAACGCCAAGGGCCGCUCCGACCCCGUGGUGCUGCAGGAACUCCGCUUCAAGGGCGUGGCCAAGUACACUGACGCGAACCGACUGAGCCCGCCCAGCCCGCUGGCGGCGGGGCCGCGGCCGCCGCUGGACGACACGGACCCCGACGUCAUCCCCAGCAUCUACGAGCGGCGGCCGCCGAAGCAGCUGCCGGUGCACGUGUUCGCGACGCUCAACUGCCGGACGCCACAGCAGCGGCGCAGGAAAAACGAAGGCGAGAGCUGGGAGGACGACGACGCCAUGUUCGAGGAGAUGGAGGCCAAAGUCCGCCUGUCUUCCAUGGCGUCCAUGGCCUCCAUGGCCACCUUGAGCAGGAGGCCGGAGCGGGGCAUCGCGGGCCCCGGGGUCUGCUGGGACGGCCUGGCGCCCCUGCCGCCCCUCAGGGAGCCCCUCAGGGGGGACUUGGAGGCAUGCUGCAGGGGGCCCACCCCCUUCGCAGUCAAGGAGAUGUCCAUAAGCACAUCACCGUCUCGACCACUUUCCAUCAACAACAUAGUGACUACUUCCCAUAAGAUACAAGAGAGCUGUAUAUAAUUUAUAAAAAACUUUAUAAGACUGUUAAAUAUAACUUACUAACAAAAAAAAUUGUGCCGUCUUGCUAUUUGUUUUCUCUUACUAUGAUUUUAAAGUAUAUGUGUAUGUGAGUGU